AUGGAUAUUAUAUUAGGGAUAAGAGUACAGGAUUGUGUAAUCCUUGCUACAUCAAAGGCUGUAACACGAGGGAUUUCUGUGUUGAAGGAUUCAGAUGAUAAGACUCGUUCACUUUCACCUCAUUGUUUAAUGGGAUUUACUGGUGAAGCAGGUGAUACAGUUAAUUUUUCAGAAUAUAUUCAAGCAAACGUACAAUUAUAUACUACACGCGAAGGUGUUGAAUUAUCUCCUCAAGCUACAGCAAGUUUUGUUAGACAAGAAUUAGCCAAGAGCAUUCGUUCACGUAAACCAUAUCAAGCAAAUGUAUUAAUUGCAGGUUAUGAUACUUCUAGCAAUAUACCUGAAUUAUACCAAAUUGAUUAUUUAGGUACAAAGGUUGCUUUACCUUAUGCUGCACAUGGUUAUGCCGGAUUUUAUACUUUUUCAUUAUUAGAUCGUCAUUAUAGACCUGAUAUGACAAAAGAAGAAGGUUUAUCAUUAUUACAACAAUGUGUUAAUGAAUUACAAAAACGUAUGCCUGUAGAUUUUAAAGGUGUUCUGGUGAAAGUUGUCUCUAAGGAUGGUAUUUCAAUUGUUCAAGAAUAA